AAAGUGUCCACUCCACUCUACUUUUGUCCACUUUACAUUUUCAAAGAUUGAAAAAGGAUCACGUGCACUCAGUCAGAGCCCGUCUACGGCAUUAGACAUUCUCUGACUCAGUUCUGUUUUUAAAAUCGAGACGAUACCGACCCGGAAGUUAUUUUUACUCGCGGAAGACAACAACAAAAGUCAAGUUGUCCGUUCACAACUUCACACUAUCAAAGCUCGUUAGCGGAUUCUCUGAUAGCUACUGUCUUUCACUUCACACGUAUUUCUGAAAGUUAUCGCUGAAGAUUUUAUAGAUAGAGCAUGACUUUCAAGUUUGUUGUAUAACUACAAUGAUGAUUGUAACGUAGUUCAAUUUCGCUUGACUGGUCUUCAUCAAUGUGUGUUUUUCUUUAACUUAGCAGUUUAAUCUUAACAACUCAUUUUGCCGCUCACGUUAACAUGCCUUCCUGUGUGGCAGUCAAAUGUUCAAAUAGACGGGGCGCCUCAUCUAAAAUAAGCUUUUUCAAAUUCCCUCUCCGUGACACAGACCGGCUGAAGCAAUGGGUACGCAAAGUUAACAGAGUGGGCUGGACUCCAACCAAGCAUUCUUCCCUCUGUUCUGAUCACUUUACGCCAGACUGUUUCAGACCACGUGUAGGCCAUAGCCGCCUUAACCUUAUAUGCAAUGCAGUUCCGACUAUUUUUCCCCCUCGCAUUAUUUCGAUACCCAAAAAGCGGACUACCAGAACAAGUCAGAACAUAAAAAUAAGUAAGCCCAGUGCUGGAAUACCAGCUGAAAUCCCUGUCGUCAACCAUGAUCACGACUAUGUGUAUGCUCACAGUGUAGAUCCAGUUACAGCUGAGGAACAACUAGCCAAUAACGGCCAUCCUGUACCCCAAAGCUCCCCUCGCCUACAUAAGCAACUCUUGAAUGCUCAAACUAAAUUAGUUUCUUUCAGAAAGACAGUGAGGGUUGAACAGCAGAGAGUAAGAAGACUGAGAAGAAAAGUGAAAUCUCUCUCCUCACUUGUAGCUGAUUUAAAAAAGAAGUUGUUGUUUUCUAAUAGUUGUAAUGGUAUAAUGGAGGCUUCUUUUGGAGGAGUUGCCAAAGAAAUCCUUACCAGAUCCAAGUGUAAGAGUAAAUCUGCCAGUAUGUCCAAUGAUUUGAAGUCUUUUUCCACGACUCUCUAUGCCCUUUCUCCAAAAGCCUACCGGUUUGUCCGUGAGAGCUUUGAUAGCUUUCUGCCUCAUCCUACAACAGUCAAGGCAUGGUGUAGGCCUAACAGCAAAAAUGGAUCCAGUCAGAAUCCUGAUACCCAAGUCAGCGAGGACCCCAAAUCGAACUCGAACAUGCUUGUUACCUCAGUACCACCCGACAGCAGCUCUGUGGAAAUCUUUGCUGGACAGCCAACAGAUCCAAGUUGGGUUCUUCUCCCGGUGUCUCAAAUGGCAAAUGGAUAAUGGAUCUUAUAUGUUUUUGACAUAAUUUGAUCAGUUGUUGUAAUAAGCUUUAUACAUGGACAUUUUAGGACUGCACAGCUCUGACAAGUCCAGUUUGGUGACUCAGUUAUUAACCUCUGUUGAAGUGCAUUCCUCACAAAGAUUCUGUUUGAACACUAGAAAAGAGGAUUUACCAGUUUACAGACACGUCACAAAAGACUAGUUGGUUUUAUCUGAGAUGCCUUCAGACAAACAUUAAAUGCAUCACACUUGAAAUUCUUGCAUAUAAGUUACAGAAAUUGUAGCAUAGUGUUGCCUGCUGAUGCUAUAUGUCUGUGUUAAGACGGCUUUUCUUGCAUGUACAGUUGGUCCCACAUGCAGCCGUUGUUCCCGAAUGAAACUGGUUAGAUUGUUAUUCGUAUUAUAUGGCCGGAUAGAUAUGAUCAGUUAAUUUCAGAUGCUUGCAGUAAUAAAGAGUUGGUUACAUAUAUAAA